AUGUCAGAUACUCUCGCAGAAAAGAGAUUCUCUCGCAAAUCCCAUCGCAAGUCCCGUCAUGGCUGCGGGAACUGCAAGCGCCGUCGGGUCAAGUGCGACGAGGCCAAACCGUGCUUGAAUUGCGUCCGACACUCGAUUGACUGCGACUUUUUGGAUCCCAAAGCGUCCAGCGAGACUUCUCAAAAGCGAUCCGGUCGGACGUCCAGGCCAACGUUUCGCUUUGUGCAUUCCACCCGUUCCAAGACUCUAUCACAGUCGCCAUCGGCAACUUCACUUCCUGACUCCAGUCCGAUUCCAAAUGUUCCAAGUAUCCCAGCUCAGGAUGAUCGUCCAUUAUCUUACGACGACUUUCAGCUUCUCCACCAUUACCUGACCUCACCACAGUGCACCUUUGGCGAUAAAGAAAGCCACGACUUUUGGAAAGUCACCAUCCCCGAAAUCGGGUUCAAGUUCCACUUUGUUCUGCAUUUCCUCCUGGCCUUAUCAGCGCUCCACCUGAGCCGUGAACAACCGUCUCUCCAGCGCAAAUAUGUUCUCCAAGCAGAAGAGCACUACUUAAUCGCCCUGUCACGGGUAACCUCCCUACUCUCUCACAUGGACGCCGAAAACUGUCAAGCACUCUACGUCUCCGCCAUGCUUAUUUGCUUUCAUCAUUUCGCCAAAGGACCCCAGCAAGGAGACUACAUGAUCUUCGCCGACCAUGGCCAGGCAGAAUGGCUAGGUCUACUUCGGGGCGUUAGGACGAUCAUCUCCACGAUGCGCGAUGAGUUUGCAUCGAAUAUCCCACAUGGGCCGCCACGGUCACCAUCCCAGCACCAGCAACUGUUCGAUCAUAAACCGGAUCAAUACGAGGAGCGGUUAUCACAACUCCGCCAAUUCGUCAUAGACCAUACAGCAGAAGACCCAGCUUCUGACGUCUGCGUAGAGGCUGUCGAUGCCCUGUCUCAAAGCUUUACGUCAAUAUACGAGAAUUCAUUCUCAGUAGAUGCUUUUUCGCCUUGGGUGUUUGGCUGGCUAUAUCGCCUAUCAGACGAGUUCAACUCUUGUCUACAGCAAAAACAGCCGGUGGCGUUGGUUAUAUUCGCCCAUUUUACAGUCUUAUUGAAAGAACUGGAAAUUGAUCCGCUAUGGUUUAUGCGUGGCUGGUCUCACCAUGUUAUGGACGGGAUCAAUUGCUAUCUACACGAGGAAGAUAAAGCCUGGAUACAAUGGCCAAUGGAGCAACUUGGGUAUUCUGUUACAACUGAUACUCGAUGA